ACCAGAUGAUGCCCUGAGAAUGGCCGCCGGGGAUGGGCCGGCUCCUGUGAAGGAGGGGAGUGUUACACUCUGCAGGAGCCCGCCUGAAGUGGAGUCACCGCCCCCUGCAGACAGAGCAGAGACAGAGCAGCGUACAGCUACACUGCUGACAGUAGGGAGAGAUGGAGGAAGAUAUAGAGGAACAGAGAGACCGCCAGCCAGGCACAUGUAUCGGCUCGUCUCUGUUCUCAGCCACCUAGGCUCCAGCACCACCUAUGGUCACUAUGUCAGCGAUGCUUUCAGUGAGAAGGAAAAGGCCUGGCUGACAUUUAAUGCCCACAAGGUGAAGCGGGCAGACGAGGCAUCGGUGCUGAGGAAGAGAGCCAGCAGUGCCUAUGUGCUGUUUUACAGCCAGCAGGAAUCUUCACACUAAAGACCCUGAUGCCUCCAUAUUGGAGCUAAGCUUAAAAAUCAGGCACUGAAGGACACGGAGGAGGUCCAGAGGCAGAG